AUGGCAGCUACAUUGCAGGGACACCAGGUGCACCCGGAAGGACGGACGUGGAAAAAUCAUUUCCCCAAGAGGGAUCUCUGGGUGUUCGGAUAUGGGAGUUUGAUUUGGAAACCACCGCCUCAUUACGACCAGCGGGUACCCGGAUAUAUCAACGGCUACGUGCGGCGCUUCUGGCAGGCUAGCACCGAUCACCGUGGUACACCCGAGCAGCCGGGGCGGGUUGUCACUGUAAUCGAACGGGAGUUCUGGGAGACGCUUGACGACCCUCUAGCUCACCUCGAAUCCGAAUCAGCCUCGACCGGCAAAGUCUGGGGCGCAGCCUACCACAUCCCGGCCUCGCAUGCUGAAGAAGUACACGACUACCUUGACGAGCGUGAAAUUGAUGGGUAUACUGCACACUUCACGCCCUUCCAUGCCGUAUCCCGCGUAUCCACGCAUACAGUUUCGAAGACCCCCGAGUCGAGCGAAGAAACCCCCAUCGUUACCAUGGUCUAUAUUGGCCAGCCCACUAAUCCACAAUUCCUGCGAGAACGCGAGCAGAGAGAGCCAGAAAACGUCGCGCAAGUGAUUAGUGCUGGUCAUGGACAAAGUGGUAAGAAUACAGAGUACCUGUACUUGCUGGAGAAGGCGCUCGAAGGACUCGGACUCGGAACUGCAGAUGUACAUGUUACAGACUUGGUCAGACGGGUGAAGGCUAUCGAGGCCGACGACCUGGCGGAGGCCGAAGAGAAGGAAGCAGAAAGAGACGUGCGGAAAUAUUUGGAGUCUGCGGGAGAACCGGUACAUGGAGACAAGAUCGAAUGA